AUGUUGCGUCGUUGUUGUCCCGCCACGACUAGUGGUGUUGGGAUUAAUGCCGGAAUGGUUGCCGGUGCGUUUGCCAGCACCCAAAAACGUUUUCUAAAGAUAGCGAAGUCUCCAUUUGGUUUUUACUUGGCUCGACGCGGGCAGCGUAAGUAUCCAUUCCACCGCCGUCCACACAUAAAAAAUACCCACGCAAUGAAUUUAAAUGCACCAUACUUCUGGAAGUUCAUGACAGCGAAGAGUCCGUCUUUUUUCUUGCCAGAGGAGAACUACAUCACAGGUGACUGGACAGGGAAGUUCUUUGUAUCAAAGCGGCAGGUGUACACUUUGCAACAUGCCACUAGCGGAGCAAAAGUACGGGUAAAAUCAUUCCCGUCUGUGUUUGAAUUUAACACUCCAUCACGGUGGAACAUAGGAAAGGAAAUGAACACACUAACGAAGCCUCGUAUGGACCUCAUUGACGAGCAAAUGCUAACAAAGAAGCAACGUCUGGAUUACGUCAAGGCAGGACUGCUUCCUAAGUAA